CCCAACGAGCGCUUCCACGGCUGGUUGGUGUUCCAGAAAUGGCGUCGUGCUCAGUAUCGAGCAAACAGGACACGUGAAACGGAAUAGUAGAUCGUCGUUUACAGCGCAAGUCACUAAUGCAAUGCACCGUCUCAGACAUUGCAGAGGCCUUGCCUGUGUGUUCAGUCCCAGUGCACAAAGUGCCCUGAAGCUGAAGAACAACAUUCCUCUGGCAUCAUGUUCAGGACUUGUUUCUUACUGCUGGGGGAGCCGGAGUAGCCACCAGGGGCAGAGCAGCUACUACUACAGCUCCUGGCGGCCAAGGCUCCGAUAUGUACUGAUGAGCCUGGUGGCUGGUACUGGAGCUGUAGUAGCAUAUGGUCUUCAUCAGGUGAAGUCUGAGCGGGCAGCUGCUGCAGUGCCUCAGACAGUCUCCCUGCCUGUCUACACCCAGGAAGAGGUUAUGAAACAUUGCUCCCUGGACAAGGGCAUAUGGGUCACCUACAAUGGCGAUGUCUAUGACAUCACUGACUUUGUGGCUAUACAUCCUGGAGGUAACAGAAUCCUGCUGGCUGCAGGCGGUGCUUUAGAACCCUUUUGGUCACUGUAUGCUGUACACAGACAGGAGCAUGUUCAGGAAAUUCUGUCAGGAUACAAGGUGGGUGUUCUUCAAGCAGAGGACUGCAAGAAGCAGGAGGCUGCUAAUCUUGUAGACCCUUAUUCCACUGACCCACCUCGCCACCCUGCUCUCAUUGUCAACAGCUUGAAACCUUUCAAUGCUGAACCACCUCCUGGCCUUCUUACAGACAGCUAUAUAACCCCCUCUGCACUCUUCUUCACACGCAACCAUUUGCCUGUUCCCCAGGUGGAUCCUAACAAGUACAGGCUGAAGAUAGAGGGCCUCCCUAGUGGUACUAUGUCCUUGACCUUAAACACACUUAAAUCUAAUUUUCCUAAAUACACGGUCAUUGCAACUAUCCAGUGUGCAGGGAACCGUCGAUCUGACAUGAGCAAAGUUAAGCCAGUUAAAGGGCUAAACUGGGGUUUUGCAGCUAUAGGCAAUGCUACUUGGUCAGGGGCACGUCUACGGGAUGUCUUGUACCACUGUGGCUUUGGACCUGAGGUGGCAGCUAAGGCUAGGCAUGUGCAGUUUGAAGGCUUGGACUGUGAUGUGACCGGUAUGCCAUAUGGAGUGUCCAUCCCACUGAACAAGGCAUUGAGCGAAGAGGGAGAUGUCCUUCUGGCUUAUGAAAUGAAUGGUGAGGAACUGCCAGCAGACCAUGGCUACCCUGUGCGCGUGAUUGUGCCUGGAGUUGCUGGAGCACGGAAUGUCAAAUGGCUGGGCAAGGUAGUCAUCAGCGAGGUAGAGAGCGAGUGUCACUGGCAGCAGAAUGAUUACAAGGGUUUCUCCCCGGGCACCAACUGGGACACGGUGGACUACAAAUCUGCGCCAGCCAUCCAGGAGCUUCCUGUUCAGUCAGCCAUCACCCAGCCGGUGGACGGGUCCUUGGUGGACCGGCGCAUGGAAGAAGUGAAUGUGAAAGGUUAUGCUUGGAGUGGUGGAGGGAGGGAGGUGGUGCGGGUGGAUGUCUCUGUGGAUGGUGGCAAGACAUGGCAUGUGGCUAAGCUCCGGGACAACGGGGAAGAUGAAUUUCCUGCCCCGUCACCACAGCCUGGGCGAGCAUGGGCCUGGAAGCUCUGGGAGAUAGCAAUCCCUCUGCCAGAGGGAGCAGAGGUGCUGGAGGUUGUAUGCAAGGCUGUUGACAGUAGUUACAAUACACAGCCAGACUCUGUACCACCUAUUUGGAACUUGAGGGGAGUGCUUUGUAAUGCUUGGCAUCGAGUAAAGGUGAAGGUAAAUUGAGGGUUUGGGAGGAAAGGAACAAAUACCCAGUGAAGGAAACAUUUAUUGAAAGAGAAACCAUGUAUGUGUGAAGCAUGGGUUCAUUUGAUUUGACAAAUGUCUAGGAAUGCUAACAUGAGCUUAAGUUAGAACUGCUUAAGAGGAUUCUCGUACCCGAUACCCACACCUGAGGGUAGCCAGUCAUGUGAUCAACAAAGUCUUCAGUUUCCAAAAAAACCAGGAGACUUGAGUUUGUGCUGUUGAAUGAAAGAAUUCCUCUGAUUUGCAAGCAGCAUUACAUCCAUCUCUAAAUGAUUUGCAGAAAUGCUCAACUUGCCAAGCAGGAUUAAUGAAUGAAUUGAUUUUAGUGAAAACUAAAGUUUUUUUUAUAGAGGCUGAAUUGGAUAUCUUUGCAGAAGGUAGCUGUUUAUGCUGAGAAGCAAAUGAAAAUUAGGAACCCCAGGAUUCUAAUUCUUUUAAUCAUUUAGGGGUAAUAUUCCUUUGGUGUUUCAGAACUUGACUAAAUGUAAAAAAGGAAGGGGGGAAAAAAGCAGAACAGCUGAAUAUAUGAAUGAGUUCAUGAAUACCCAGGAUCAUGAAUCCUUCAUCUCUUGAUCCUUUCAUGUUGGAAUGGAACAUUAGCAUGGAAAUAUCAAGCACUGGGGUAUUUCAAAUUUUACAUUUUAUUUUGAAAGAAAUUUAAAAUUUACUUAUUUUGAAAUGUUUUUAAACAAUUUUAGCCUGUUGUCCAUGUCUCAGUAAAAUUCUCAAUUUUACCAUGUUUUGCUGUAGCAGUUUACGAAAGUUGCUAAUAUUUAACAUGGUACAUGACUGACAAUGUUUACAUGUCUGAAAUUUGUGCCUAGGCUUGGUGGGAAUGUUUGCCAGAUAUCAGUCUGUGUUGAUAUAUACGCAAGCGUGCGCACACAAUCCAUUUCAGGUCAUAUGGGUGAUUUGGAUUUUUUUUUUUUUCUGUGGAAAUUACUGCAUUUUAGAUAACUCAUGCUGUAGUGCUAUAGGCCAUUUGCUGUAAUUGAAAAAGAUUUUCUAAUAAAUCAUUUGCUUUAAGUUAA